UGGAUAGACUUGGAUCCAGACAUGGAAAAGAAUUCAAGACCCAACUGGGAUAAUCCCAUGCAGUUUAUAAUGGCAUGUGUAUCAUAUGCAGUUGGAUUGGGAAAUGUGUGGCGGUUUCCAUACCUGUGUCAAAUGCAUGGUGGAGGUGGGUUUUUGAUUCCAUAUCUCAUCAUGCUGGUUCUGGAGGGUGUGCCCUUAUUCUACAUGGAGCUCGCUAUUGGCCAGAAGAUGCGUCUGGGUAGCAUUGGGGCGUGGGCUGCCAUAAGCCCUUAUCUGGGAGGUGUGGGUUUUGCUAGUGUCGUGACGUCCUUGUAUCUCUGUCUCUAUUAUAACAUCAUCAAUGCAUGGAGUUUCUGGUACCUCUUUCACUCAUUUCAGCCAGUCCUGCCUUGGGCAGUGUGCCCCGUCAACAGCAACUUGACAGGGCCUCUAGAAGAGUGUGAACGUGCCACGCCCACUCAGUACUUCUUCUACCGGGAAACACUGAACAUCUCCCCUUCCAUUGAUGAAAAAGGAAGCAUACAUACAGGACAGGCACUCUGCCUGCUGCUGGCCUGGGUGAUGGUCUACCUGUUCGUUGUCCGAGGAGUCAAGUCAACUGGAAAGGUGGUGUAUUUCACAGCCACAUUCCCAUACCUGGUGCUUCUUGUCUACCUGAUCCGGGGUGUCACACUUCAUGGUGCCAUCAACGGUCUCAAAUACAUGUUCACACCAAAGAUGGAACACCUUGCCAACCCCAUCACAUGGAUCAAUGCUGCCACCCAGAUUUUCUUCUCUCUGGGUUUAGGUUUUGGGUCCCUCAUAGCCUUUGCCAGCUACAACGAAUACAACAACAACUUUGAACGGCAGGCCAUCGUUGUUUCUGCUAUUAAUAGUGGGACCUCCAUUUUUGCCAGUAUUGUCACCUUUGCCAUUUAUGGCUUCAAGGCCACCAUCAACUAUGAGAGCUGCUUGGAGAGGAUGCGAUUGCUGAUGUUGAAUGGCUUUGAUCUAGCAGAGGACACCAUCAACAUAGAAGAUGUGCUGGACUGGAUGGUGAAGCUGAAUAGCACCUAUCCAGACAAGUUUGCUGGCCUUGCUGACAGAGUGGAAACCUGCAGCCUGGAAAAUGAAUUGAACACUGCAGUGGAGGGAACCGGUCUGGCCUUCAUAGUGUACAGUGAGGCCAUCAAAAAUAUGCCAUUGUCUCAGUUCUGGUCAGUGUUGUACUUCUUCAUGUUGCUGCUGCUGGGAAUGGGCAGCAUGCUAGGCAAUAUCACUGCCAUCAUCACCCCGCUCCGAGAUUUCAAGGUCAUUUCCCGCAACAUGAGCAACGAGGUGUUCAAUGGCUUGGUGUGUCUGUUCCUGUUUCUUCUUGGCCUCUCUUUCUCCACACCCCCUGGCAAUUACUGGUUUACCAUGUUCAAUGACUAUGCAGCCAAUUUCUCACUACUCUUCGUUGUUCUCAUUGAGAUCAUCACUGUCAGUUAUAUCUACGGAAUUAAGAGGUUUGAAAAAGAUAUAGAAGACAUGCUGGGUCAUCGACCCAACUGGUUCUGGAAAAUAAUGUGGGCUGUGGUAAGUCCACUUCUCUUAAUUUCCCUGUUCCUCUUCUACAUCAUCAACUACAUCCAGGGAGGGACCGCUACCUACCAAGCAUGGGACAAAGAACAGGGUAAGUCUGUGGUAAGGGAGUAUCCUGUCUAUGGUCAAGUGUUUAUUGGACUGCUGCUGGUGUCGUCAGUCAGCUGUGUUCCAAUCACAGCUCUCCAUGCAUGGUACAAGAAGCGGGCGCACGGCAAGCGCAACAGACAACGUACCAUCAACACAGUAUCUUUAUAG